CCCGCCCGCCCGCCGCUCCCUCUCUGGCGCCGAGGAAAACGUUGCGCAGGUUCAAAAAUGGAACGUCGGCGGCGUGAGGGAGCGCGAGGGGGUGUGCGCGCGUGCGCGUGCGCGUGCGCGCCCGGCCGAGGGUGACGGGGACCCCGCCGGCCCGAGCAUCGCGCGCAGCAGCCGCGGCCCCGCAGCUCCGCCCCCGGCCCGGCCCGGCCCGGCUCUGGGCCCGCUCGCCCGCCGCCCCGCAUGGAGCUGUCAGCCAUUGGAGAGCAGGUGUUCGCGGUGGAGAGCAUCCGGAAGAAGCGCGUGCGGAAGGGCAAGGUUGAGUACCUGGUGAAGUGGAAAGGAUGGCCCCCCAAGUACAGCACAUGGGAGCCAGAAGAGCACAUCCUGGACCCCCGCCUUGUCCUGGCCUACGAGGAAAAGGAGGAGAAAGACCGAGCAUCGGGGUAUAGGAAGCGAGGCCCGAAACCCAAGCGGCUUCUGCUGCAGCGGCUGUACAGCACGGACCUGCGCAGCUCCCGCAAGGCCAAGGCCAAGGGGAAGCUCCGCUUCUCCCUGACGCGCCCACCCGGCAGCGGGAGCCCCAAGGGGGUGGUCAAGGCGGGGACACCUGAGUUGGCGGACAAGGGCCCCUUGGUGCCCGCUCUGCCCUUCCCGCUCUGCAAGCCGCACAAGGCCCACAAGUACCUGCGGCUCUCGCUCAAGAAGUUCCCGCCCUGCGGGCCCCACCUGGAGAGUCACAGCCAUCGACGGGAGCUCUCCCUGCAGGAGCCACCGGCCGCAGAGGUCCUGCAGGCAGCUGGCGAGUGGGAGUCCACGGAGCAGCCCCCCGAGGAGGAGGACACUGACUUGGCUGAUGGUCCCCCUCCAUGGACACCCACGCUCCCCUCAAGUGAGGUGACCGUGACAGACAUCACCGCCAACUCCAUCACCGUCACCUUCCGUGAGGCCCAGGCAGCUGAGGGCUUCUUCCGAGACCGCAGCGGAAAGCUCUGAGCCUCCGUGGUCCUUAAACUGUUUUCUUUGGGGCUUGGGUUGGGCAGCUCCAGAGAUGGGGAUGGGUUGGGGUGAGGUCCCUAUUUUAUUUUUUAAAAACUUCUGAGCAGAAGGAGGGAAGACCCCACCACCCUCCUGUCACCCCACCUUGCUCUUCGAGGGACAUUUAUAGCAGGCCAUCUGGGCAGGGCUGGGAGGCCAGCGCUGCUGUGCGGGCCCGUUGUCUCCUCAUGGAUGGGACAGGGAUACCUGCCUGGGACGAUUGUCUCAAAGCAGCUGAUUCUAGGGGUCUAGGGGAGCCAGAGUUCUGCCUCAAGCAGCAACACAGGCUGCUCCCACCCCUACUUUUUGAAUAUUUUUGGCUUGGAUCUUUAUUUUGAACUUUCUACUCCAGCUUUGCUGUGGGACCGAAGGCUGAUGUUGACCACUGGGGGCUGGGUUUGUGGACAGUGGGAGGGGGGAAGGGUUUGAGGUGGCUGGAACCUCCAGAGAGGUGGCCACCUUUCCCGGCCCAUCACCUGGAAACACUAGCCACCUCGUGUGCACUCACACCUACCUGCGUGUCUACACUGAGCCCAUGUGGGCCUUGCACACCUCCCUGGGAACCCCUGACCAGAUGAGCAUGGGGCAAUUCAUAGCACAAAAGAACUCGCCACGGCAGCCCCCGCAGCCUCCUUUUAUGCACGCCUCUCCACAGGACCUGUCUCAGCUCCCUGGCUCACAGCCAUCUGCAGGGGGAGGGGCGUGGGCAUCUGGCACUCCAGCCGUGCAGCUGUGGCUUUGUGGUUGUACCUGGCCAGGCUGCAGGUGGGCAGAUGUCUGCUGAGCUGUGCCAGUGCGUCUGCGCAGGCUCUGAGACACUGGAGACCUGUCCUUCCACAGGGGUUCUUGUCCUCUCUGACUCAGGUGAUUUCAGCCCUUCCAGCUACUCUUUUCUGCUCUCCUCUCCAGCUCCGCCAGCAGGGCGUGGGCAGUGGAGGGAGUGUCCCGCCGCUUUUCUCAGGGCAGUCCUCGUCUCCUGUACCCCUGUGCCCUUGCAUUCUGUGUUCCUCUCCCACCCAACCUGAAUGUCACAGCUGGGGCGGACCUUGUUCCGUUGCAGGUCAGGCUGUGCACAAGCCCCAUCCCUGGCAAGGGCCCACAUCUGCCAGGACGGGGCUCGUUUUCUAGUUUGCAGAGAUGUCCCGUGGGCCGACUUCUCCCCCAUCCCAACCUUGUGAGGGGGAAAGGCAAAGCGGGUGGGGGCCCCAGGGGAGCAUGGAAUGUGGCUCCUCCCCUGCCAUCUGCCACUAUUAGCCUGACUCAACUAUAGAACCAGUGUGUGGGAGCUCAGCACUGUCCCUGACUGCUGUGUCCUUGGGAGGUCAGUGGAUCUCUGUAGGGACCAGGGUAGGUGACUUCCCUGUUCCCAAACCAAAGACAGCCUGCACCCCAUUUCUCUUUGGGAUGCUCUGUUAGAACCUCCAAUCCCAUCCUCCUUUAUUCCUAGUUGUCCAGGGUUAAUUCAGUGCUUCCACAGGGGAACAGGCCCUUGAAGGUGACCUGCUUCACCCCCAGCCCUGGUUGCUUCUAGAAAAAUGUGGAGAUGAGGCUCAGGGAGGAAGGGGCAGCAGGAAUUGCCACUGAUCAGCUGCAGGACCCUGGGGAGGGGAGACCUAGAAUUGGGGGUUCUUUGGGGCAGGGCAGGGGCUCCCAACAGAGAGAGUGGUGGGUGGGGGUUUCUUUCCAGCUGAGGGUGUUGGGACCUGCAGCAGCUUCUGGUCAUAACCACGCUGUCCACCCCCAGCGGACUUGAAACUGCUUUCUGCAUCCCAUGCACUCCCAUGGAGCUGCCCUCAGCUUGCGAGUCUGGACCAGGGUCUGGUCUUGUGGGUGAGGUAGCAGUUCUCAGGCUACAGCAAAAGAACCCGCUGUCCUCUUCCGCAGCCCUUUAUGGCUCUCAGGAUCCUGCAGAGCGAGGUUGGAAGGUGGGGUAGGUGGCCCUGAGAUCCCCUGCUCAGAUAGCCACAUGGCUCAGGACUGCUGUAGCUGGCUCCCUGGGGAGCCAAGCUGUGGGCUGUAGGUCUUUUUUCCAGCCAGGACAGGUGACCUCCCAGCCCGAGUAUCCCAGGUGGACAGUGAGCUCCCACCCCAUUGCCCCCCAGAAGGCCAGUACUCUUGGGGUAGGAGAGGGCUCUGAAAGCCACCUGCCUCCCUUUCCCCUGUCCUUGCUGUUUGAAUGUAGAAGCUGGCUGGUACUUCUUUUCGGGGUUGAGAACGUGCCUCUCUCCUUGGUCUGGCCACUUGCAGUGUGGGGACAAGGUGCUCCGGGCUGCAAGGCUGUCAUCCUCUUGGGAUGGUGAUCCCUUUGCCAAUUUCUUUCCACCUCUUAGGUCAGGGGAAGGCGCUGGGUGUCUAUCAGAUGGUGUCGCUUUUGCUUUAUAAGUGGCCGCAUGUGGCCGCCAGGUCUCAGCACAAGAACGCUUCCUUUGCACAGAAUGAGCUCCGAGCUUUGUUCAGACUACAUGAAUGUACUGGGGGGUGGAGGGCGAGUGUGCGCCUUCCUGGGUGAGUGUGUGCGGGGACUCCGUGGGUGCAGAGUGCGGUUUUAUUUUUGUACUGAUAUUGGUAAGAGACUAUAGCAUCUAUUUAUUUAGAUGAUUUAUCUGGUAAAUGAGGCAAAAGAAAUAUUAAAAAUGAUUUUAAAAAAGA